AUGAAGAAUCUUACUGUAUUUUUUCUUGUACUUUUGAGUACCACUGUAACUUUAGCCAUUAAGGAUGAACUUCUUGAUAGUAAUAAAAUACCAAAAGUAUCAACUUAUGAUAUUGAAAUUACCAAAGAUGUUUGUGAUGAAUGUCAAACUAUUGUUUCAAGAUUUUCUGAAGCAAUGAGAGAUCCUAGUAAACUUGCUGCUUUAAAAUUAAUUCUUGGUAGUUUAUGUCAUGAAACUGUCUAUGAAAUGGAAUGUAAACUUUUUGUUAGAAAACUUGAUGUAUUUAUGGAUAAACUUUUACCAUAUCUUAAUGAUACAAAAAAAGUUUGCCAUAAAUUCCAUAUGUGUGGAAAUGAAAAAAUUAAUGCUUUCCAUAAAUUUGCCAUUCUUUAUGCUGACAAAAUUAUAACAUCAAUUGAUAAGAAGAAUCGUUUCCUUUGUGAGGAAUGUAGAUUUGCUGCCAAGGAACUUGAAGAAUUUGUUUCAGAUAAAUCAACUCAAGAACAAGUUAAACGUUUUAUUAGUCAAAAUAUUUGUGCUAAAAUUCCAAAAUAUCAAGGAAGUUGUGAUUUAAUGAUUGAUGAUUUUCUUCCUGAUUUCUUUAAACAAUUAGAAGACUAUCUUAAGAAUGCUCCACAAUUUUGCCAUAACAUUGGACUUUGUGAUAAAUCAAGAGUUACCCAUACAAACAAUGAGAAUAAAUCAGCUAAAGGACAAAUUGCUUUACAUCAAUUUAUUAAUGGAAUUAAAGAAGUUCGUUCAGUAAGACAUCCAGAAAUAUUAAUGUCAUGUCUUGAGUGUGAAAUAGCUAUUGAUGCUGUACUUAUUGAACUCAGACAAAAUAAGACAAUUUAUGGACUUGCAGAUGAUCUUAGAGAUGGUGUAUGUCCAGUAUUACCAUCUAAUUAUACUCUUUCUUGUAAUGAUUUCUUAAAUCUUUAUGCUCCAACUGUUGUUUAUAUGACAAUGCAACAAUUUACCUCAGAAGGAAUAUGUACAGGUCUUGUUAAAGCAUGUAAAAAAGAAGAUAUGUCAAAAUUACAUUUUAAUAAGUUAUCAAUUGAAGAACAAAAUUCUGUAAAAUGUGAAGCAUGUAAAGCUGUUAAUAAUCAUAUAAUUAAUGUUCUUGAUGAUGGAGAUUUUAGACAAAAAAUUACUGAUGGCUUAGAACAAAAUAUUUGUAGUUAUGUUCCUGGAGUAGGAGUAAAUGCUUGUGAAAAUUUAAUGCAAAAAUAUCUUCCAGUAGCAUUAAAUAAGAUAGAAGGAUAUCUCAAAAAACCUGAUAUGUGCCAAAAUAUUUUACAUGUUUGUUAG